AUGAGUAGAAUGCCAAAAGAAAGACCUUUGAAAGCUCAUGAAAUGAUGGAUGGCACAACACAAAUGCGUAAAAUUAACGUACCGGCAAAUCGAUUCACACCAUUGAAAAAGGAAUGGAGAAAAAUUUACGAACCUUUAGUGAAACAUUUGAAUUUGCAAAUUAGAAUGAAUACAAAGACCAAUAACGUUGAAUUAAAAACAUCCAAAUAUACAACCGAUCCAAGUGCAUUACAAAAAGCCGCUGAUUUUGUUAAGGCUUUUAUGAUGGGAUUUGAUGUUGAUGAUGCUAUAGCUAUAUUACGUGUAGAUGAUUUGUAUAUAGAUUCAUUUGAUAUCAAAGAUGUUAAAACUUUAGAAGGUGAUCAUCUAUCUAGAGCUAUAGGUCGUAUAGCAGGGAAAAAUGGAAAAGUAAAAUUUGCAAUUGAAAAUACUUCGAAAACCAGAAUAGUGUUGGCUGAUUCUUCGAUACAUAUAUUAGGGUCAUUUCAAAACAUCAGAGUUGCCAAGGAUGCUAUAGUUUCUUUAAUAUUAGGCAGUCCACCUGGAAAAGUCUACGCUAAUUUGAAAACAGUUUCUACAAGAAUGAAACAAAGAUUUUAA